AUGUUUCUCUGGAAGGCAUGUCAGAACAUUCUUCCCACUAAGGCAAAUCUGCACUGGCGGCAUUGUGCUCCUGACCCCCUGUGCCCAAUCUGUGAGAUACUUGAGGAAUUGGUGGGGCACAUCCUAUGGCACUGUUCGAAACCAUUGCAAAAAUGUACAAGUGACGAUACCACCUUUAGGGAAGUUUUUGAAAGGCUAUGGGAGAAGCUAGAUGAUACCACUCUCCAACUCUUCACCACGGUAGCUCGCCUGAUCUGGUUCAGAUGGAAUAACUUGGUUCACGGUGGAAAUUUUUUAGCUCCUGCAGCUGUUUUAAAACAAGCACACGAGCAGAUUGCGAAUUUUGAAAAUGCCACAGCUUGCCGGCAAAACAGUACGAAUCAUUCUGGGCCAUCAAACAGGGAAGACAGAUGGGUGAAGCCGCUGGAGAACGUGGUGAAAGUGAAUUCGGACGCCUCCAUCUCAAAAGAACUGAACACGACGGGGGUGGGUGUCAUUCUCCGGAACCAUGAGGGGACUGUGCAAGCUUCCUUUUGUACUUAUAAAGAUGCUACAAUGGAACCCUCGUCGGUGGAGGCCAUGGCGGUGUGGUAUGCAACGGAGGUGUGUAGGAAGCUGGGAGUGCAAAACAUUAUUCUUGAAGGUGACGCAAUGGAGGUGGUCCAAGCUCUGCAACGUGAAAGUAUCUGGAGGGGAAGCUACUGCAUGUUCGUGGAGGAAGCUAAGAGAAACCUGCAUCAGCUCACGGGGUGGAGUGUAAACCAUGUUUUUAGACAAGCCAAUGUAACUGCCCAUAAUUUAGCAAAAUUUGCUAUCUCCAUUAGGGAGGAGAAACUGUGGACGAGAGAUUAUCCCUCUUGUAUCCAUGGUAAUGUACUUGCUGAGCAAGCUUUUGAAUAA